ACUUGAUCCGCGAUCCAGGAAUUUGUUUCGAAGAAGCUCGAAGCAAGAAAACAAAGAGAAAACAAGCGGACAGCUAGAGUUCACUGGCACGGAACUUUGGAAGAACUCUUUCAGAUUGAUCAAGGCACAAAAGUCACAGAUUUGCGUGUGUGGAGGGUGAUCUUCCACGUCGGAAUACGAUCCGGCAACGCGGGCCACUUGUUCUCUCGCGAAUCUCGAAGAGCAAAGUGAAUAUGCUGCGAGGCCCUCAGGUGAUGAAGAUCUUUGGAGCCAGCUAUGGCUCUUCUCGCUUCAACUCCAGGAACUGGAGCGAUAGCCACAGCUGCUGCUACAAGUUUGGGGGCUCCAAAAUCUUCGCUGGGAGUACCGAGAUCGAGCUGCUCGUCCAGAUCUCUCGGGCUAAAAACUCUGGUGGCAGCAAUGCAACAGGGAUCCGGCUCUACCACUGUUGUGACGAGCGGCCAAUCUUCCUCGAGUGGUGUUACAGAGGUGGACAAGGAUAGCUUCUGGCCGCUCGUUGAUGGAGCUGGAGACAAGGUCGUGGUGCUCGACAUGUACACCCAAUGGUGUGGCCCUUGCAAAAUGAUGUUUCCAAAGAUCGUGGAGCUCUCUUCCAGAUACUCGGACGUGAUGUUUCUCAAGCUGGAUUGCAACCAAGAGAAUAAGCCCCUUGCCAAAGAGCUCGGCAUACGAGUUGUGCCCACGUUCAAGAUACUCAAGCACAAAAAGAUCGUGGCAGAGAUCGCCGGUGCCAAAUUCGAUGAUCUCGUUCGAACCAUCGACACUGUACGGACGGGCUGAGCUGAUCACGCGGGCAAGGAAAAAAGAUCACGGGCCGUACGGGUGUCGCUGUAAAUUAAAUAUGAUUCAUUAGUGCCAAAGACGCGCAAAUGUAUUUGGACCAAUUUUGUGGCGUCGUGGAUGGUUAUUUGGUGGCACAUGGUACCCAACAUUCUUAACAUGGGAUAUUCCGG